ACAGUAGCAACUGCAAUGAGUGCGUCAAACAGGAAUUCAGCUUCGAAUACGUCAAGUAAAUAUAGUGCAAAUAAUUCAAGCAAAACAGCAACAACAACUACAACAGCAAGCACAUACAGCGCAAAAAGAACAGAAACAAAUAAAAGAGAUGCCUUAAGCAACACGUCGCAGCAAAAAUAUCAAGAACACUUACAUUCCGCCAACAACAACAACAACAACAUGCCACUAUGGCAAACAUUAAAAGUUGAUGCUGCAACACUUUUGCCUCUACUGGCAUUUCUGCUGCUGCUCAGUUGCACAGCAACACCAACACUAGCGACGCCCGUCUUUGUCGACAAUCCCAGUUUAGCGCAAUUUCAAUCGGGCAGAAAUAUACGGCAUUUACCUUGCAUUGUACGCAAAUCGGGGCGCUCUGGCGUUUGUAUGUUCGCCAUCGAUUGUAUCAAACAGAAUGGCACACAUUUGGGCACGUGCAUUGAUCGCUUCUACUUCGGUUCGUGUUGUCAACUGAAGGACGACGCGGCGCUUUUCGCUCCUGAAAUCAGUGAUAAUAGCAUCGACCAAAACACAAUUUCACAUUUUCCACACGAGUCGACUACACUGCCCACCAGCACGUUAUUCAAACUCACCACUGCCGAUCCACAUCACACAGUACAAAGUAGCAGCAACAGCAUUAGCGAAACGGUGCGAAAUGUCACACAGAGCUACUUACAACAAAACAGCCACAUUCACAGCGAAAGUAGUAGUAGUAGUAGUAGCAGUAGUAAUACCAAUAAAAUUGACACGACGCCGCUCAUCACGACUAGCAGUCCAAAGCCAGUUAAAUUGAGCACAACAUCGGCACCGAAGCGUCCACCAGCACACACCACUCAUAAAAGUUCUCAAUUUGUUGUGCGUACCACUGCCAAGCCCACUGUUGCACCUACAACAAUUAAGCCACCACGACGCAAAACUACCAUAGCACGGCCAGUACUCACCACAACAUCUAGACCCCAAGCCGAUACGCGCGAAGAGGUGACUACAGAACCAACGAAAUUCGUUACAUUUCAAAUAGUUGAGACCACUACACCAACACCUACGGAAAUCAAUUUUAAAUUAGAUGAAGUUUCUACUACAAAGCGACCGUUACUCACCACGCACCGUUAUCGGCCACGGCCAACUACCACCGAAGUGCCCACGCAGUUCAUAACUACAACAAUAAAGCCAGCUGAGCCAGCUAGAACGACGACUCGACCGAGACCUUUGAUUACACGCCGACCUACCACCGCAAGUAAGAAACCCUCACAGACGAGGCCACGUCCAACGGGUACGGUUAAACCAACCAGACGUCCGGUGGAUAAUAAUGCCAAUGAAGCAGUUAAGCCAGCUUUCACAAACAUAACCUCAGCGCCCAGUGGUACGGGUGCAACAGUACAUCGUCGACCAGCACCUACGACGGUAGCAACAACAACACUGAAUAAUGAUGAGUUACUCACCACAAUGCAGGAAACAAAGGUGCCCACACUUGUCGAAACAGUGCCACAAACGACACGUGCGCCCAGACCUCGACCCAAGCCCACAGCUGAGGUGGUGAAAGUGCCCAAUCUAACAGUGGGUGCAAGCACUACAACAUUUGCACCGGCGACAACAACAAAAACAACAGUAACUACUACAACUACCACCAGUGCACCGAUUUUCAAUAGAACUACUGCCAAGCGACCAACCACUACAACCGGGCCCACAAGAACGAAACCAACGGCGGCGAGCACGAGCACAAGCACUACAACAACAACGACAAAGCCAACCACGCCGAAACCGCACAAGACAACCACUACCACUACAACUACAAAAGCGCCCAUUAGCAGCACCACACCACAGUCGGCAACACUUACCACAGAGGCCGCUAAAAUAGAGCCACCACAGGUUGAGAUGACAACAACAACUCCCGGUUUGAUAACGUGGACGAAUGUUGAUAACGAACCGACGACUAUAAACGCCACCAUUGAAUGGGGACCAGGGCCAACUACUUCGGAACUGGACAUUAGCAAUAAAACUGCAGGAACUAUAACCGCAGGCAACGGCACAUUUUUCACCACAGCAUCGCCCGCAACCAGUACCCUCAUAUCCGUUUCAACCAGUAUUAGUGAAAUAUUGAGCAACAUAACCUCAAUAAUGCCCAAGCCUGAGCGUCCCUCAUCGGUAGUGAGUACACGUCCACCAAAACCAAAGCCAACCAAAACAACAGAGAGUCCUACGCCCAGCACAACACCUACUCCUAGCACUACCAGUAGUUCUACAACAACAACUACAACUACAACAACUGCCAAACCUAAACCAAAACCAACCAUUCCUUUUACAACAACGACGUCCACUUCUACUACAACAAGAGCACCCAGCACCACCACGACAACAACUGAGCCGUCUAUUGAAUUGGAGGAAUCCUCAUCGACGACGAGCGCCGAAUAUAGCACAGAAGGUUUCUCAACAACAGGCGGUGGUAUCUUUGGCACCACUGAAUACAGCACCGAGGAUUUUAAUGGCACUCUGACGUCAUCCACAUCUGCGCCAGUAAACACACUGGAAGGCAUGGACUACAGGCAAAUUUGCGGUCGCCCCAUGUUCCCCGUACCACGCGUUGUGGGCGGUUCGAAUGCCGCCUUUGGACGUUGGCCGUGGCAAAUAUCUCUGCGCCAGUGGCGCACGUCAACCUAUUUACACAAAUGCGGCGCUGCGUUGUUGAAUGAGAAUUGGGCCAUCACGGCGGCGCAUUGUGUGGAAAAUGUGCCACCAUCCGAUCUGUUGCUACGCAUGGGCGAAUACGAUUUGGCAGAGGAGGAGGAGCCGUACGGCUACCAGGAACGACGCGUACAAAUUGUGGCUUCGCAUCCGCAAUUCGAUGCGAGAACUUUUGAAUACGACUUGGCGUUACUGAGAUUCUAUGAGCCAGUGGUCUUCCAACCCAACAUCAUACCCGUUUGUGUGCCCAACAGUGAUAUUGACUUUGUCGGCCAGACGGCCUUCGUCACCGGUUGGGGACGUCUCUACGAGAAUGGACCGCUGCCAAGCGUGCUGCAAGAGGUUGCUGUGCCAGUCAUCAACAACACCAUCUGCGAAUCCAUGUAUCGGGCGGCCGGCUUCAUUGAACACAUACCACACAUCUUUAUCUGUGCUGGAUGGAAGAAAGGUGGCUACGAUUCCUGUGAAGGUGACUCUGGCGGUCCAAUGGUGCUGCAGCGCGAGGAGGAUAAACGUUUCCAAUUGGGUGGCGUCAUUUCGUGGGGUAUCGGCUGUGCGGAAGCCAAUCAGCCAGGCGUCUACACGCGCAUCUCUGAAUUUAGAGACUGGAUAAAUCAAAUUCUGCAAUUCUAA